CGUCAUCUUCCAGCGCGUGAGUUACCUUGUGGCUGACAGUCAGCAGUAAGCCACACGGUUAGUUAAUGCUGUUAAGACAAUCCGUAGCUUUUCUCAGUUAUUGACUGAAAAAAAAAUGUCUUCACUUUUAAAGGUGGACAGUGAAAUCAAGUCAAAGGUUGAUGUUUUCAGGGAACGAAUCACAUCAGAGGCAGAAGAUCUGGUGGCAAAUUUCUUCCCUAAAAAAUUAUUAGAAUUGGACCAGUUUCUGAAGGAUCCUGUAAUAAAUAUCCGUGAACUGAAAGAAAUCCAUUCUGAGAUAAACUUGGCUGUACCAGAUCCAAUUCUGCUUACCGACAUCCAUGAUGGACUUGAGGGACAAAAUGCCAAGAAGCGAAAACUUGAAGAUGGUGCCGGAGAUGACAAAGUUGGUGGGACCAAGGUGUAUAUAAUGCCUGGUGGAAUGAUGAAAAGCAAUGGCAAGCUGGUGGACCUGAUCGAGAGGGUUAAGCCUGAGAUCAGAACCCUCAUAGAGAAAUGCAACACUGUCAAGAUGUGGGUGCAGUUGUUGAUUCCAAGAAUAGAAGAUGGCAACAAUUUUGGCGUUUCAAUCCAGGAGGAGACUGUGGCUGAGCUCAGAACAGUGGAGGGAGAGGCAGCCUCUUAUCUGGACCAGAUAUCCAGAUACUACAUCACAAGAGCAAAGCUAGUUUCCAAAAUAGCAAAAUAUCCACAUGUGGAGGACUAUAGGCGCACAGUAACAGAGAUUGACGAGAAGGAGUACAUAAGUCUCAAGAUCAUAGUCUCAGAACUGAGAAAUCAAUAUGUAACUUUGCAUGAUAUGAUCCUGAAGAACAUUGAGAAGAUAAAACGACCACGAAGCAGCAAUACGGAUGCUCUCUACUAAGAAUGCUCACCUUCUGAUCUUCUAAUCCUUUUUGUCCAUGGGACUAGUUGGAACCUUUUGGACUGGUUAUGGUGCAGUUAUGAACCCGUUAAAACCAGGCCAAGACAAGCCAGCUCCAUCGGGCCGUUAACGGAACUGUAAUAUAUGAUCAUUAUUUUAAACCCUUUAAAAAAAAAAAUCAAAUCCCUAUCAAUUUCCUAGUGGACAGUGUUAAUGUGUGGAGAGUCUGAAUUUGCAUCAUGAGGAGGUUGCCUCGGUUGUUUUUCUUAUUUAAUUGAACAAAUAUCUUAACAUUGGGGUUUCUUUUAUCUCUCACAAAACCAAAUGCAAAGUAGCACUGUUUUGGGGGGAUCUAAGGCAUUUUACAUGUUUUAGACUCAGUUUAGUGACUGUGAAUGUAAGACACAAAAAGGCUCGUCUGAUGAUUGGUUUCUACAGUUGUGUUACGAAGUUCUUAUCGAUGCUGUAUUUUACUUAUUUCACUCUGUUCAUCUAAUAUAUAAAUGUAGUCCAAGAUGAACAGCUGUACUUGUGCAUCAUUUUACAUUCACUGAGUUAGAUCUUAUUUCAUUGGUGCAAUGCAGAUAUUUUACCUUAUUUUUGACCUACCAAAUUCCCAAAGCUUCAUAUGCCUCUUAUUUUUGUCCAGUUUUAAGAGAUGUGUUUUGCUGAAUAAAAUGUCUUUUUUUUUUCUUCA